ACUCUCCGCGCUACGAUACAAGACGUCGCCCACGGCCGGCCGCCUCAUCAGUUGACGCGCUCUCGGCACAGCCCGGCCCGGCCCCUCCUCUUCGCCUCCGCAGCAGGAGAGCACCCACGACCUGCAUCCAAAACCUUCUCCAAAUUAAUACGCAGCAAGCUAAGCAGUGAGCAACCAAGGCACCGUCGUCCUUGGACGCGCGCGCAGCUGCCACUGCCAGCAUGGAGGUGGACGAGGCGCCGGACCUGACCGACUUCAUGAACGACUGGUUUUUCGGCACGGUCGGGGCGCGGCACAGCGGCGGCGGCGGUGGUGGUGGCGGCGGCGGCGGCUACGACCUGACUGGUGAGAGCAGCAAGAGGCCUGCAGCAUCGCCAGCCGCGGGGAACAAGAAGCAGGGAAAGGGGAAGGGGGGCGGCGGCAGCAGCAGCGCGAGCAAGCAAACGCAAGAUUGGCUGGAGGAGGCGAGGAGGAUGGUGGGGCCCGGAUCGCCGGGGCGGAAGGGCGUCGGGUCGCCGUCCAGGCAGCUGCCCAGGUUCGCCGGCGGAUCUGGGACGGAGCCCACGCCGACGCUCGACCGCCGGGACCCGAUGUCGCGGUCCGCUAGAAGGCACUGGCAGCCAGGAGGUAUCGGCGACGAGAUACUGCAGCGCGCGUCCAUCGCCUCGUCCCCUCCACGCUCCGAUCCCUUCGCCUCCUCCGCGCCUCCCUCCCCGUCCCCCUCCUUACCCCCAAACCCUCGGCGCAAGUCUCGCUUCCGCGACGCCCCUACCCCCGAUUCUCCACUCGGUCGCGCCACAUACACCUCCACCUCGCCCAUCUCCGCCACGCAUUCUCGCCACCGCCGCCACGCCUCCGCUUCCUCCGCCCCCGCUUUCGCGGCCGAUGGAUCCGGUGACGGUGUCGCCCGCCUCAACUCCUUCCUCCGUCGACAGCGUGCCAUGGUCGCUGACCUAGCGGCAGGGGACCGCCCUGCGUCGAGGUCCACCAAGCUCGUGCUCUCCGACCCCUCCAAAAGUCUGAGCUCGAUUGUGGCGGCAAUAUGCUACGCGUGGAUGCUUCCCAGCAAGGGUGAUGGCCAGGCAACGGUGCCGGUGGUGAACAUGAGCCGGAGCAGGAUGGCUAGGUGCAGGCAGGCGGCUUGGCUCCUGUAUCACGUCGGGGUCGACGCCUCAGCGCUGCUCUUCGCCGACGAGGUUGACACGGAUGGGCUAAUAAUGGACCAGCGAGUUAACUUGCUUGUGGUGGGGCAAGAUAUUUUGAAAUCAAAAGCUGAGGUUGGCUCAGUUUGCACAACCCUGACCCAUACCUAUUGUGAGGAUGCUUAUAGCCUGCUUCAAAACUUGGACAUAAAGAAACUUCUGCUUGCAGGUAUCCUGUUAGAUACGAACAACCUUUCCAAGAAGUGCUCAAAUAGAGAUUCAGAUGCAGUGCAGUUGCUUUUGUUUGGAACCUCUGAGCAUAUGAGGCAUGAAUUGUUUCAGCAAUUGAUGCUUGAUCACAAUGAUCACUCCUUUGUUGAGUAUCUGAAGAACACCUACAGAUAUUCAACCAUAAAUGGUAAUGAGGACAGUCCUCCAGAGCAAAAACAUUCAACCUCAGCAUCAGGGUCAUCCCAAGAUGUUAAAAAAUCUAAUUCAACUAACCAAAGGACAUCACGUGGAAGUGGUGGAAAGGCCUCAGAUGAAGCCUCUCGGGGGAAGAAUAAGUUCUUCUUGGCGAAAUGGUUUGGUUUUGGUUCAAAAUAAUCCUUUUAUCAUUUGUAUUAGUUUGGUUAACAUUUUAAUGGAUAUGUCAUGGAUUUAAGAAGCAUAAUUAUUUUGAGGAAGUGGCACGUGAGAAAACUUCCCUCUACAGAUUCUGUUCAUGUGAAAACCCAGUUGUGUUCUUUAUAACUGUGUAAACUGGCCAUUUGGUCAGAUGAAUUUACUUUCCACGUUUACAUAUUC